AUGGCCCCUAUUCCCCGGGCCGACUUGGAUGUGGACAAUCCCUCCUCCGACGUGGGUGACAGUCAGGACUCUCCGCUGCGCCGACAAUUCUCCGAACCUUUCCGCCCCCAGUCUACUUCCACUCAGAUAUCCCAAUCACCAGAGCCUCUGGCCCAGAGAUUGAAAUGCUCAUGGUGUGGGAAACUCCUGGAUUUCCCAGAUGAUGACACUCUCACUGAAGAAGAUGUUUUAAAUGCUCACGUCGCGUCGGCUCACCCAAAGACUCUCCGCUUCUCGGACUAUGAAGGCGUCGAGGAAAGCGAUGCAGAGAAUGGUGACCUUCAUGAAGAAGAUGUCGCUGAUGAAGACAUCGGUGACGAAGAAAUCGCCGACGAAGAGCUCACCAAUGGGGCAACAAAGCCCGAGGAGGGUGACCCCGACGAAGAAGAGGAAGAGGUUGCUACCGCAUUGGCUAAUGGCGACCACAUCGAUGGCGUCAAUAGUGAAGGCAAGCCGGCCGUCAGUGCCAAGGCCAGCCAGGAGACUCGAGAAAAGCUCGAUCAGCUGGAAUGGCUCGCCAACCCACGAACUUCCUACCCGGAGGAGUAUCGCCAGCGCGUGUCGGACUGGCGGGAUGCCGAUGUGAAGGAGCGCCUCGCUCAGCACUGGAAUGUUCACGACGUCGAACAAUUUUCCCCCCAGUACGAAGAGGAACGGGCCAAGCUGGAAAUUAGAUGGCAGCAGGCUUUCGGCGACUCCAAGUCCCGAAAGCGAGAGGCACCGGAGCUGAUUACACGGCCUGAACCAUACAAGAAGACAAAGGUCGAGAAAUCCCAGUUUCUUGAACUGAGUUCAUAUGAACCUCUGAUUGAAUUGCUCCGAAAGCCCGAGAAUCUCACGGCCACUGAGCUUUAUGCAGCCACCGAGGCAGCAGGGUUCGCUUUGAAAGUUGUCCAGCAAGAAUGGAUGGCUCUUGAUAAGCUUGAGGACCUGGCGAGCCGGCAUGUUCGAGAGCCAUUCCCGCAAGAUGCCAAGCGAUCGUUCCUCAUGGGGAACAAGAAGAAAGAUGGACGCCCGGUGGCCGAGGUCCCGGAGCAUGACCGUGACUUUGAGGACCGGAAGGAGGCUAUGCUGUACGGCUACAAGCAUACUUAUUUCCAGGGAAACACCUCCACCGCUAGUGUUUGGGCCCCACAAGAUGCGUUUGUUCAAGGAGGUCUUGCUCCGACCCCUGCGCAAGCCCGAAAGAUGGCUGCCAAGGCAGACCCCGACAACCGCAACCCUGAUGGCUGGCCCACCAUCACUAAGAACGGAGUGGAACAUGUCCCCAGGCUGUGGGAACCUCACAAAGAGCCUCUUCUCCCCAAGUUCACCCGCAAGCGCAAGGCCGCUGAGGUUGAAGCCGCUGCCAAGCCCGAUGAUACCGAAGAAACGCAAGAAGAGACCGGUGACGAAACCGAGGCGGAGAGCCACCCUGCGAAGCGGCGCACGCGGGGUCGUGGCGGCAGACGUGCUCCAGCAAUCGAGACUUCCCAGGGUGAUGCUCUUUCCGUUACCUCUCGUCGGGGCGUUGGCCGCGGCCGCGGUCGUGGUCGAGGUCGUGGUCUGGCACGCGUAUCAUCUCGUGCAUCUCUGGAAGCCUCAUCGGAACCUGUUCAGACUUCUACUUCUACGCGCGGCCGAGGUGGUCGGCGCGGUGCUAGCACCACGGCUGGCUCGACGGCCCAACCCAACCAAUCGACAGGCGAAACGACUUUUGCCACCAUUUCUCCCAACCCCACAGCGAGUCCCGCUGCGGCACCUGCAAGGAGGGAGACCACCGAGUCGAUUGCGGAAGCUCGACGCUUGAAGAUUCUCAACUCCAAGAACCCCAAGCGCACCAAGGCCAUGCUUGACCACUGGGACCGUUUUAACCGUGAAGGACGCAUCCGCAACCCCAAGCGAUCCAAGGCCCAGAUUGAAACUGACCGCGUUCACGACGAGACCAAGAGAGCCCACGAACCUCCCAAGCCCAGUGGUCGCCGCAAGAAGUCCCCUUCUCUUGCUCCGAUCCCCAGUGGAAACCUUGCACCAAAGGCACCCAGCACCAUCCCUACUCUGCCGAGCCCACAGCACAUGGGCCCAACCCUGCCCCCUAUGGGAAUCCCUCACUACCCUACUGCAUUUACUGCUCCUCCGCCUCCGCCUCCUCCCGUCUCGCAACUUGGCCAAGCCAUUCAACCUCAGUUUGCGCCCUUCCCCUACGUCCCCUACACUCUGCCGCCUCUUUCAGCUCCCCAGGGACCCCCAGGACCCCCAGGUCCUCCUGGCCCUCCGCACGACCCCCACCGCCGAUAA